CGGAAAUAGUGUAGUGUACGUCAUUGCCAACAGAUUGAUAUUUCAUCGUAAUCGUAUUGAACUAUAUAAGCUUUGAGAAUAUCGUCGGUUUUAGCGACGAAACAUAUUGUAAAUAAGCGCGAAACAUUGUGAUAAACUUACUUUAGUUUUAGUUAAUCUAGUACAAUUUUAAUAAAUUCAAAAUGUUUAUUUGGGAUUGGUUUACUGGUGUUUUAGGAUUCCUGGGUUUGUAUAAGAAAUCUGGUAAAUUAUUGUUCCUGGGACUGGACAAUGCCGGAAAGACCACAUUACUGCACAUGCUGAAAGAUGAUAGAUUAGCGCAACAUGUACCUACAUUGCAUCCCACAUCGGAAGAGCUCUCGAUAGGCAGUAUGCGGUUCACGACAUUCGACCUGGGCGGGCAUCAACAGGCGCGGCGCGUGUGGCGUGACUACUUCCCCGCCGUGGACGCGAUCGUCUUUCUGGUGGAUGCGUGCGACCGCGUACGCCUGCCAGAGUCCAAGAAAGAGCUGGACUCGUUGUUGACGGACGAGACCCUCAGCAACUGCCCCGUGCUCAUCCUCGGAAACAAGAUCGAUAAACCCGGCGCAGCCAGCGAGGACGAGCUGCGUCAAUUCUUCAAUCUCUACCAGCAGACCACCGGAAAGGGAAAGGUGUCUAGAUCCGAGCUACCGGGUCGGCCAUUAGAACUGUUUAUGUGCUCGGUGCUGAAGCGCCAGGGCUACGGCGAAGGCUUCCGCUGGCUGGCGCAGUACAUCGACUGAGCGCCUUUACACGUUCUGGCUCGCUUAUAUCCGUAUGCUUUUCGUCACUACUCCCCUACGUAGCCGUCUCGUUUAAUUAAGGCUCAUCUUGUUUGAUGAGUCCAAUGUUGUGCUCAAGAGUGCUAUAAAAUUAUUUUUAAUUUUAAAAAGUUUUAUUCCUAUAGCUUUGACAUUAACUACUACCUAUAAACUCUGUUAAAGAAACUUUUUGAACAUUACUAGACCUUCUAACUGAAUAUACGUUCAUUUUAGAGUAGCACUGAUGCACAACAUUGGCCUCGCCAUAAGCAGCCUUUUAUACAAAUGCUCUCAAUUUUAUUAGGUAACUGACCGAGCAUUAAUAUUAUUUAUAUUUUUAUAGUAUUUUUAGUGCCCAAUUUUAAAGGAACAUUAGCAAUUUCUCGCUAAUGACAAUCACUGGCUACAUUUGAUUUGUGUAUGGAAUGGCUCUCGUUUGUAAGCAGCCGACAUCUCGCUCACUAGUAAUGAAAUAUUAUUGGCUCUGGUUUCUAUAAUAUCACAAAAUCAAACCGUCAACAAAACAAAUCUCCACUUAUAUAGUUAAUUUUCAUGCAGGGAUUUGACAUUAAGAGGAAACAGACAUUUAAUAUAAGUUGCUAUGGUGGUGAUGGUUGUUAAAAAGGGUGUACAGACAAACCAUUAAUAAUUUUACAGUUGAAAACACAAAUAAAAGUUUUCAAAAUUAAUGUAUUUGUUUUUAUUUUGUAAUUGAAACAGUCAUAUAAAAUUUUAUUCUUGCAUUAGUGUUAUGGAAUAUUAAAUAUGUAAUAAUAAUAAUCUGUAUUUUUCUCAAAAGGUUCCCCAUUGUCUAAAGUAUUAUGACUCAUUUAACAUUUAUUUAAACUUGCCAUUUAAAGUAUCAAAACUGCAGUCACAUAUAUGCGAUGUACUUACGAACCAUAUUAUAGUACAAAAAUAAAUUUUCUAUAUAGCGAGCCAAGCGUUACUAGUCAGCGAGUUAAAAUAUUAAAGCAAUUUUUAAAAUAACUUCAACUCAUACAGCUUUCAUUGUAUCAUUGUGGGACGCUUUCCAGUUGUCUGGCGGGUGGUUAAAUUAAACAUUUGUUAUGAACAUAGUGCAUAUAAUCUGACAAAAGGACUAAAUAAAAUUGAUUUCAUUUAUUAUAGUUAUUUUCAGAGGAAAUAUCUUUUUCAUUGUUAUCCUCUAUUUCAAUAAUGCUAAAGAAAAAUUAAUUAAAAUUAAUACUUUAUUUCAUAACUUAAAUAUUUAAAUACAUUUAUUUUCCAAUUGAAAUAUCACCAAAAUGUUUUGGUUUGUAAAACCUUUAAGAUGUUUGUGUCAGGUAAAGGUGCAACAGUAUGGCCAACAUAUAUAAAAUAAUAUUUAGUUUUUGUAGGUUAUUUUCUUGUAUUUAUCCUUAUGAUAAUAGUAAAUUUUACUAUUUUUCCUGUACAGUUUUGGAUGUCGAUGUAUCAAUUACGACUAUAUCAAUAAUUAUUCAUUUUUUCUAUAUUUAUUUUAUUUCAUUCCAUUUCUUGAGUAAUAUAAAUAUUGUUACUUUGAUAGUGCUCAUUGUGUUGUAUAUUUGUAAAAGCGACAUAACAAUUAUAUUUUUGUAAAUUACUUGUACUAUUGUUUCGGUGAAUACAAAAUUUUAUAAUAACUAUGAGUUUACAAAACGGCUUGUCUAUUAAUGUGCCCAAAAUGUACAAAAAAAUCUUUUUGUUAUAUAAAUUUUUAUUUUUUUUAUAUAUGUGGAGCACAAAGAAUUGUUCAAUUAUUGUUUGAUUAUCGAAUAUUAGUUGUUUAUAUAUCUUUAUAAAAUUCAUGAUAUAAUAUUUUCAAAAUAUGUAUGGAAUAAAACUGGUUAAAACAUUGUGAUUAGGACGAGCCGUUUCUGUGCUGCAUAAAGGUUUGCUUUCUUCGGUAACUUUUAUUCUUGGUUAAUAAUUUGCAGUAAGUCCAAAAAGUUUGUAAUAAAAUUUAUAUGGAACUAAAA